GUAAUCUGAGUGCAAAUUCUUUUUGAUCAAAUCACAGUCGGAAUUUGGAAUUGAGGAAGCAUCAAUGUCAAUGGAGCCCCCUCCAUUCGAAGAAUCCUCGCGCUGUAACGUCUGCAAAUGCAGCUUCACCCCCUUCCGCCGUCGGCAUCACUGCCGAUGUUGUGGCCAAACUUUAUGUGCUGAACAUUCAUCGAUCCAAAUGGCCUUGCCACAAUUUGGUAUUUACUCUGGCGUGAGAGUAUGUGCUCAAUGUUUCAAUAAUGCCUCCAGAUCGAAGAAAGAUGACACACCAGCUUUUUCAAAUGGAGUUAAUGCUGUAACAGAUUCAGUUUCGAGGUUGGAUAUGAAUGUAGUUGCAGUUACCAAAUCUGAAUCAACAGCUGAGAAACUACCAGUUCCUGGCAUUUUAGAGUGCAAGUGUGGAAUGCCUUUGUGUAUUUGUGAAGCUCCAGCUCCUCGAAUGGAUUCUGUUUCCUUACAGCAGGUACAAACUACGUCCGUUCCCACAGUUCAAUCGAUUCCAAAACCAAAGAAGGCAGACCCAACUCCAAAGAGCAGAGGUUCAACAUCAAACAGCAAAUCCAGUACUAUAUUUAACCUUGGUCAAGCUACUAACAACAGCCUGGAUAGAUCAUCCACGGAUUAUGACGUUAGUGGGGAGGGUUUGAGAGAAGCAAUAAAAAAUGGUGAUACAGCUUCUGCUAAGAAGCUUUUGAGUCAGGGAGUGGACGCAAAUUACUGUGACAAACAAGGGUCAUCUUUAUUACAUCUGGCAGCAGUUUUUAAUCAAACUGAGAUAGCUUUUGCUCUCAUGGAUCAUGGAGCAAGCAUGGUCUGCAAGAAUUUACAAGGUGAAACGCCACUAGAUUGUGCUCCUGCCACAUUGCAAUACAGAAUGAAGAAGAAGAUGGAAGAAAGUGUACGAGUGGAUCCAUGACACGGCAUUUAUGAGAAACAUUCUGUUUCUACGUUUAGAUGUGGAAAGUUGGCUUGCUGUCUGCAACAACUGGUGAUUGUAAUCAAAUGUUUUCUGAGAUUUAACCAUGUAUUUGGUGUUCCUGAUCAAUGAUCAAACCCUUAAUCAUAAAAACUUUGACACCCUUUUCAUUCAUCACCCAUGUUGUGAAUUACAAUAGCAAUGAUGCAAUAAUCAGUUCCAUUUUUAAUGAUGAUAUAUUUUUGCUUCAUCCA